AUGACCUCGACACGCCCCAACUCGACCUACCCCCGGUCGCCCUCGAUUCUAGAGGAGCGCCGGGAUAUGCGCCGGCUGUCUGGCCGCUCUGUUUCCGUUUCAUCCACUGCCGAUUCGAAUCCAGCCCCCGACGCACAUGCGCCCGCGAUCACUGAAGAAAUCACGGAGAUCAAAAGAUAUGAAGACUUUACUACAAUAGACUGGGUCCAGGAUGCUGUGUAUGAACAAAGUCGUCGACGAGCUAAGCGACGGAGCGGCACAGGAUUCUGGGACCAGGAAGGUGUCUUUGGCUGGAGACGCAAGCUGGUCGAAUCCUAUGAUGCGGGUCAAGCCUGGCUUGUGGUGACCCUCGUUGGUAUGGCAAUUGGUGUCAAUUCAGCUAUUCUGAAUAUUAUCACCGAAUGGUUGUCAGACAUCAAGCUGGGUCACUGCACUACGGCAUUUUACCUAAAUGAGCAAUUCUGCUGCUGGGGUGCCGAAGGAGGCUGCCAGGAAUGGGAAUCUUGGACUGGAUUCUGGCUGUUUAAUUAUGUGGUUUAUUUCUUCUUUGCGGUGCUGCUUGCUGCUGUCGCAGCCAUUCUGGUCAAGACCUUUGCGCCGUAUGCCGCUGGCUCUGGCAUUUCGGAGAUCAAGUGUAUCAUUGCUGGAUUCGUUAUGAAAGGCUUCCUAGGCGCCUGGACGCUCAUCAUCAAGUCAAUUGCUCUACCGCUAGCUAUUGCAUCUGGUCUCUCUGUUGGAAAGGAGGGUCCCAGUGUUCAUUUUGCCGUCUGUACCGGAAACGUGAUUUCACGGUUCUUUGGCAAAUAUAAGACCAGUGCCUCUAAGACCAGAGAGAUUUUGACUGCAUCGGCUGCAGCUGGUGUGGCUGUGGCUUUUGGCAGUCCUAUAGGAGGUGUGCUGUUUUCACUGGAGGAAAUUGCCAAUUACUUCCCUCUCAAGACUCUCUGGCGCAGCUACUUCUGUGCCCUGGUGGCAACAAGUGUGCUAGCUGCUUUGAACCCUUUCAGAACUGGACAGCUGGUCAUGUUUCAGGUCGAAUAUGAUCGCACCUGGCACUUUUUCGAACUACUUUUCUUCAUUUUCAUCGGUGUCUUCGGUGGUUUAUAUGGUGCCUUCGUGAUCAAAUGGAAUCUCCGAAUGGCAUCAUUCCGCAAGAAAUACCUUGGCAAAUACCCCAUUGCCGAAUCAGUAGUUCUUGCUGGACUUACAGCCAUCCUUUGCUACCCAAACAUUUUCUUGAAAAUCAACAUGACAGAGAUGAUGGAGAUCCUUUUCCGCGAAUGUGGAGGAGGUCACGAUUACCACGGACUUUGCCAAGAGAAAAACCGAUGGUCGAUGGUUAUCUCAUUGGCUUUUGCUACAAUUCUACGCACGGGAUUGGUCAUCAUUUCCUACGGCUGCAAAGUCCCUGCCGGUAUUUUCGUCCCAUCUAUGGCUAUUGGCGCAUCAUUCGGGCGAAUGAUAGGAAUCAUGGUGCAGGCGUUGCAUGAAUCAUUCCCUAAGUCAGCGUUUUUCGCGUCAUGCGACCCGGACGUGCCGUGCAUCACACCAGGUACCUAUGCUUUCCUGGGUGCCGCAGCAGCGCUGAGUGGAAUCAUGCACAUUACCAUCUCUGUUACCGUCAUCAUGUUCGAGUUGACAGGAGCUCUUACCUACAUUCUGCCCACCAUGAUUGUGGUGGGUAUCACCAAGGCCGUGGGCGAUCGAUUCGGAAACGGCGGUAUCGCCGAUCGCAUGAUCUGGUUUAAUGGAUUCCCCUUCCUAGAUAACAAGGAAGAACAUGUCUUUAACGUCCCAGUCUCCCACGCCAUGACAACCGACCCACUUUUCAUCCCAGCGUCGGAUUUCCCUGUCCGGGAAGCCGAGCACCUACUCAGCGACAACAAGUUCCAGGGCUUCCCGAUUGUAGAAGACCGGAGCAGCAAGACUCUCGUCGGCUAUAUCGGACGUACAGAGCUCCGAUACGCUAUCGACCGUGCCCGAAGCCAGGGCCUCCUCUCCCCACGCGCUCGAUGUGUAUUCACAAAAGACGCAGCAGAGGCAUCUGUUGCCCGUCGCGCAUCUGGACGUCACCUCGCCCCCGAUACGUUUGACGCUAUUCAGACUACUGUUGGCGCCGGUGUCGUUGACUUCUCGCACUUCGUCGACCACACUCCUCUCACUGUGCAUCCGCGUCUGCCACUAGAGACAGUCAUGGAAAUCUUCAAGAAGAUGGGCCCGCGUGUGAUUAUCGUCGAGCACCGCGGCCGCCUGGCUGGCCUAGUGACCGUCAAGGACUGCUUGAAGUAUCAAUUCAAGGUUGAAGCCGAAGAACACGCUCUUGCAGCGACGAACUCUUCCGAUUUCUCCAGUCUUGGUGGCCAUUUGAAUAAUCCCGCAGCAGAGACACUGGAUGACCGCUUGUGGCGUCUGAUCCAGACUGUCAUUGGAUUCGUAUCAGGCUCUGGUCCACGCCGGCCCGUAAGGCUGCGUGAACGAGACCGAGCUGGGGCGGCGGAGUCGACUGAGAUCCUGGAUGGGACCGAGGAUGAUGAUUUGGUUGAGCUGGAGGACAGAGAUGAACGGCCUCGUCAUUGA